AUGUCCCUGUCUGAAUUUUUUUAUUUCUCUCAUCAAACAAAUUUAGCAAACGAUUGUUGUGCUAAUGUCAAACAUGAUUGCAUACAUACAUGCCAGAGGGAAUAUCUAAGAGUGAUCAAAGUUUUAAACAUCCAGAAUUUGGCGUCAAUAGGAAUUUCUUACCUUUUAUGUGUAAAAAAUUCAUGUCUUCAGAGCAAUUAUGUUGAUAUCUUUAUAAAUAUUAAUGCGAUAGAAAACGUUUCUUAG